CAGGGGCCUGGCCGUGAGCACGCUUUCCCGCGGCCGCGCAGAUGGAGGCUCCGGGCGCCGGACCGGGGCCGGGGGCGUCACCGGGGCUGGAGGCGGCCCUGCAGAAGCUCGCGCUGCGGCGGAAGAAGGUGCUGAGCGCCGAGGAGAUGGAGCUGUACGAGUUGGCCCAGGCGGCGGGCGGCGCCAUGGACCCCGAUGUGUUCAAAAUCCUGCUGGACCUGCUGAAGCUGAACCUGGCGCCCCUCGCUGUCUUCCAGAUGCUCAAGUCCACGUGCGCCGGGCAGAGGCUGCCCAGCGAGUCCCAGGCCGCCGCGGCCGUGUCACUGCCCACAUCAAGUGCGUCUGAGACGAGAGAGGCCUCCUCUCUCUCUGCCAAGAACUGUAGCCCCCCUGCAAGGCCCUCCUUUUCCUGGGUCCCACCACCUGCGGCCUCUGCGGUUCUGCUCCACGGCCCCGCUGCCCCGCACUCGCCUCUCUCUCCCGGGCCCCCCGGGUCCCUCCGGUUCUCUUGCUGCCCGUUCUCUCCUUUUACAGGUUGUGUUUAUUGGUUUAUCUCUGGGGGUUGUGCUCUUGUUUCCAUGGAAACUGCCGUGGCCCCCAGAAAGCCUGAGCAGCUUCGAGCUGCAAGGGCAGGACCCUGCGGGCCAUCCCUGCCAUCAACUUAGAGACUGAGGAAAGGAUUUCAUGGCUCACUUUAUUAGAGACAAUCCGCAGUCCUUCUAGAAUGGGACCAACACCCCUGCCCCCAGAGGUUAACUCUGCUGGGUGAGACUUGUGCUCUGUAGAGGUGCCCCCACCCCAGAGGAGGACAGGAGACCGAGGGGCAGGGAAGGGGCAGCCUGGCGUGCUCUGGAGAGCAAAGCCCUGGGUGUGAGAAACAGCUUGGCCUCUGAGAUGCUGUCGGCCACCCGGGUGGGCAGCCUGGAGGAUACACUGUGACUCUUCUUCUCUGCCUGGUUCCUGAGCUGGGGUACCUUCCAGGUGUUUCCAGGGGUGUAUGAGGGAGGGCCUGAGAUCCCACAGAUGCUCUGGCUUUGCCCUCCUUCACGCCCCUCUCCCCAUCGCCCACCUCCAAGUUCCAGGUGCCACCUGGAGCUCGGGCCAGGGAGGAGUGGG